AUGAGCCUCGAGAGCAGGCGCGCAAAAUCGGCCCGCGGUCGUCGCUUCCUCGCGCAGCGCGAGCCCAAGCUCGUCGAAAACCCGCGCACCGCGCUGCUCGCCCGCGGCCAAAAGUCGUCCGCUGUCGUCAAUGAGUUGCUGACGGACCUCUUCUGCCUGAAGAAGCCGCACGCAAAGCACUUCCGCCGGCACAACGCCGUCCACCCGUGGGAGGACGCCACGCCGCUCGAGUUCCUCUGCCAGAAGAAUGACGCGUCGCUCUUCGGAUUCGGCACGCACUCGAAAAAGAGGCGCGGCCUGGAGCAGAGGAAGGGCGCGAGGAGUGGAUCCGCCGCCCGGUCUCAGCCUCCGCUGGCGUCGGCGUCCCUGCCCGCCACCAGGCCGCACAACCUCGUCCUCGGCCGCUGCUUCGACCACCGCAUCCUCGACAUGUACGAGUUUGGCGCGAGCGCGGCGAUGGCGGGCUUUGCGAGGGGCGCCGGCGGCGGCGCGUCUGGCGAGGCGAAGCCGCUGCUGCAGUUCAACGGAGACGGGUGGGAGAAUGUGGUCGAGCUCAAGGAGAUGCGCGCCUUCCUGCUCGACUGGUUCGGGGGCAAGCCAGCCGAGGCGAUCGCCCCGCUGGCGCUCGAGCGUGGAGCAUAUGCUUCCCCUACUUUUUGGGACCCGUAA